GCCACCUACUGUCCAGCUCUCUACUCUCUCCGCCUGCUGUGUUCGACAAGGUAUCGACAAGGUAUCUUGAAGAUCGACAAUAAGAUAGUGUGAUCUGGUAGAAGCUACUGCAACUGAGCGAGCUUUGGAGCGGCUCAAGGACGCCUGUUUCCAACAGCAGCAACGUCCAGCAGCAGCAGCACCACCACUCUUUGCAGCCUCAGCAACGUUCCGACAAGCGGUCUGGUUUAACAGGGUGUGAGAUGGUCCCUGACAAGGUCGAAGUGAGUGCCGCGGGCACUACCGCCGCCGCUGCCGCUGCUGCCACCGCCACCCCUUCUCCGACGGCGGCGGGGGCAGAGAUUGCCGCAACGGCGGCGCAGCAGCAGCAGCAGCAGCAGAAGAGGAAGGGGGAGAGCAGGAGAUCGCGGUGUUGUUGACGGUGCACCCGCCGCAGACGACGCCAGCUGAGGCGGCCGCGCCGCUUGUGCUCGAGCCCCUCGGGGGCGUGGAGCUCGUGAUGCAGGUGCGACAGCUACUGGGGGAGAUCCCACAGACAUGCCUCUACUCCGCCUUCCGUCUGGUGGCGUUGACGCCCGAGCCCGAAGGGACCGAGGAAGGGGCCAGCAGCGGCGGGGGGGGGGACGCGGUCUGGAAGCGGGAGGGAGAUGUGAUGAACGAUUUCGUGGAACUGAGGUCGAUCCCGGCCGUCGCUGCCCGCCCUGAGAAAGUGGAGGUCCGUAUGGAGCUCGAACCCUACACGGUCAGCACCGCAAGGCAGCACUUGCAGAAGUUCAGGGAGCUUCUCAAGUUCCCACCACCGUGCCAGGAUGGCGUGGGGCCCGGGGUGAAAAAGGGCGCCGGCGGCGGUGGCAAGAAGGGCAAGGGGAAGUCGGGGGGAGGCGGGAAAAACAAGAAAGCCAAAGAAAGUUCGGCCAACUCUGGUGCGACCGCUGCUAAAGCUGUCGUCGCCAAAGCCGAGGGAAGGGAGGGAGGUGCCGCGGCAGCGGUGGGAGAGGUUGAUCCGGCAGCCGAAGCCGCCGCGCAGCGUAUCCAGAGGGCGCUGGACAUCCGCGGGAGGCUGAAGGACAGUCGGGUGCCGGUGGUCGGUGCAGAGGGGCUUGGAGCGUUUUACGGUGUCGGUCUCGGACUCGCCGUCGAGGAAGUAGCGUCUCCAUCGCCGGAGGAGGGGGGCGGCAAGGACAAGGGGGGUAAGGACAGGGACGGGCCAAUCACGUGCCUCAAGGGGGUUUCGGUGUCUGCGUGGAACCCGCCCCCUCCCCAGCGGAGGCUGGUGGGCGACCUCAUGUACCUGGAGGUGGUGGCGUUAGACGGGACUGUGAUCAACAUCACCUGCACGCAGGGGGGCUUCUACGUGAACGGUACCAGCCGGGGAAACUUCGAUCCAAGACCCAUCUCCGGGAACCCUUGCCAUUCCCACGAGCUCGCCGUGUGCCUCCUCGCCAGAAACUCCAGCUUCGCCAAGGCCUGGAACAAUGCCGUGGCUCAGGCGUGGGAGCGCAUCCAGUCCGAUGACCCCGUCCACGCCCUGGCGAGGGCCAUGCGGGAGGGUAGAGGGGACACGGUGAUGGUGAAGCCACAGUGGAACAUGCCUAUCCCCGAUCCCAAGUGGGGAGAACACAAGGCCGACCCAGGCCGCGCCCAAGACGACCUUUCUUCCGGGUUUGGUAUGGAGGACAGAGGCGUUCCUAGGGAGUGGAACGACGAGUAUCAGUGCCUGCUGGAGCUGCCCAGCGAUACCGCCGAGCUGAGCCUGACGCGCUCUAGGGCCCUGCACAAGCUGCUGUGCGAUUUCCAGGACGCUGCCACGGCGGGGGCGGUUGCCAUCAGCGAUGGCUUCAUCCCCCCUGCAAACCCCACGGAGGCGGAGCACAGCCACGUGUUCGUCUUCAACAACAUCUUCUUCAGCUACGCCGCGGACAGUCCGGACGCCUACAAGGCCGUGUCGGGAGACUCGGCCGCUCGCAAGUCUGCCUCGCAGGACCUUGCUAGCGUGGUGGCCCUCAAUCUUCUCGGCGAGGCCGUCCACCCACAGCUGAGCAUCAAGACCCUGGCCACGGCUGUCGUAGACUUUGGCGGAAGGCGGCUGAUCGCGCAGUCUCUCGUGCCCGGCAUCCUCAACGGAGACCAGACGAACAAGGUAGUGUACGGUGCGAUGGAGCACGGUCAGCCUCUUCGUGAGAAUGACAAGGUCUCCUCUCUCCUCAAGGACGUGGGGCAGCGCCUCAUGAUCGCAGAGCGCGAGAUCGACGCGGUACCCAUCAAGAAGCCGCCCUUUUCUUCGUCUUCGACCUCUGCGGGCGGUGUGGAGGAGAGCGCGCAGAAAACGUCCCCAGGUAGUGGUGAUGAGACAGCAGAGUCAGCCCCGGCGACGGUGAAGAUCACAGGGGCUGUAGAGAUGAAGGGGAUCGUCGGCAGCGAUGGCAGGUCGUACCUUUUGGAUGUUUCUCGAGUUACUCCCCGCGAUGCUAACUGGGUGCGGGGGGCAAAGGGAACCGGGGGUUACAACGAGUGGAUGGCGGCUCAGGUAGACGAGCCGGUGCUAACCGUGGGAGACUGGGAGAGGGAAGAGGCUGGUGAGGGCAAGGGCCCGGACCUGAGCUUCGAGAGCAUGGCUGUGCUUCGGCCGGAGCUUCUCACCAUGUUCACGAGACACAAGGUGGGGGAGUGGUUCCGGGCGCGCAACUCGGAAAAGCUUGGUGGCGACGCCGACACCCCUGCGCCAGAAGCGAAGAAUGAAUCAGGGGACGCUGGCGAGGUGUCCCCACUCCCCCUCACGCCCGAAAAAAUGCCUCUAGCGGAGAAGGAGACCAUCCCCUCCCCAUCGGUGCUGGCGGAGGCUGAGGUGGGCGGCGGCGGCAGUAGUACGACCGAGAUUCCGGUUGAGGAGGGGGGCUCCGUGGUUGCUCCAGCCGGGGUGGAGGAUGCGGAAGAGGGGGAGGAGGAGAAGGCUAUGAAGGAGCUGAGGAUGUCGGAGGAGGAUCUGACGAAGCUGAAGGAGGAGCAGGAGGCGCGCUGCAAGGAGCUCGCCAUGAACGUCAACGUGUUCAUGCCCUACAAGGGCUGCGUUGGCGAGGAGCAACUGCUUGCCGAUGAGGAGCUGGCAAGAAGUGCCGCUCGCCACCUGUGGGACGUGGCCCUGCCGUUGGUCACGGCUGAGGUGAAGAGGGGGUCCCUCUGCCCGCUGGACUGUGCGGAGCUCGCCAAGGUGCUGCAUGGAGCGGGGAUUAACAUGCGGUACCUCGGACGCCUGGCGACGGUGGCUAUCGAGGAGGAGGCCGAGGACGCUGCCGUGAGGGCUGACGGUAAGCUCCGCCGUUGGAGGAUGCCGUUGUUCUGGCUGGAGAUGCUGGAGACGGAAAUGGUGGCCAGGGCUGCCACGCACGUGUUUAACCGCUACAUGGCCAUGUGCUCGGCGAGGGCCAGACACGCACCGGGCAGAGCGGUCCAGCAGUUCCUCAACUGCCUCAUCGGGGGCACGGAGAAUCCGACAACAACGACCACAGCCGCAGACGGCAAGAGAAACAGCGGUGCCACCGUCAACGGCACCUACACCUCUCCGUCAUCCUCCCCGCUGUCUUCCCCUACCGGAGGCAUCCCCGCCGACAGCUCCUGGAUCCCGGAGGAUGACUUCAGCCUCGUCGCUCUCACCCCCGACGGUCUGUGGCAAUCCGUUUGCGCCGAAGUGUUCUUCAGGUUCCGCCACCGGUUGGUCAUCUGGGGGGCGCCGUCGAAUGCGGAAAAUGCUGAGCGGCGUCACAAGCUUCCGCUGCUUCGGAGGGUGAGCCAGCGGCUGGGUGUAAGGGUGCUUAGCAAGACCUACAGGCUUGAGACCAAGGAGCCGUUCGCGCUGGAAGACAUUGCCGGAGUCUCCCCGGUGGUGAAGUCUUGCGUACCGGCAUCCCCAGCUCCUGAUGCCGCCGAGGCUCUGGAAAUGGCGCAGCUGCACCUCACGUCGGGCUCCGGGCUGCAAAUGGCCCACGACUUUGCGCACCACGCCGCCACCCUCCUCCUCCAGGCUUGCGACGGGAUGCACAGCAAGUAUCCGGCAGCUUUGAAUCUCCAGGCUAGGGUCAUGUACCUCGGGGGGGACCCUGACACAGCGGUGGCCCUGCAGCUCAAGGCCCUCGCCUUCUAUGAGCAGCUCGAGGGGCUAGACUCGGCGGCGGUGGUGAAGUGCCACGAACAGCUAGGACAGUACUACAUGACGGCAGGCAUCUAUGACAAGGCCUUGGCGCACAUGCGCGCGUUCUGCUACCUGGUAGAGCUCACGGCGGGCCCCAACCACCCGGAGCUGUCCAACGCCUACCACCGCAUGGGGAGGGCCUACCAGGACCUGGGCAGCGCCAUCAUGGCUCUCAGGUGUUACCAGGAGGCGUUGGAGAGGCAGCCAGGGGACCACAUGAUCAACCCCCGGGUGCACCACAGCGUCGCGGAGACCCUCGAAGCCAUGGGGGGAUACCCCGACGCGCUCAAGCACGAGCGACUGUCCCACGCAGGGUUUAAGGCCGUGCACGGAGACCAGCACCCGCUAGUCGCCAAGAGCACGCAGAACAUCCGGGCCUUGACAACCAAGCUUGUCAAAGCCGCCCAGGGCAACCCGAGCCAACCGACCUCACUUCUGUCAGAAGCAAAGGCGGCGGCGGCGGCAGCGGCGGCAGCGGCGGCAGCGCCCCCCUCCCAACAGAACGCCUCCGGAAAGGGCAGUGGGAAGGCGGCGCCCGCGGCGGAACCGGCAGUAGAGGCUAGCGCGGGCUGUAGCGACGGUGGGGUGGAGGAGAGCAAGAGCAGCGGGCAGGGUGGGAGUUCUAACGGCAAGAAGGGCUGCUCGUGUUGUCAGGGCAAGAAAAAUACUAGUGCAUGAUAUGUAGUUUGGAGAGGUUUCGUGUUCUAUGAGAAGGUUUGGUGCAGGCAUGAUGGUGAUGGUGCUAAGGGGGUACUGCCUGUGUGUGCUGGCAGGGUUGGGGUUGAGGAAACAAGGCCUUCCUCUCUGCCUGGUUACCCCUUGUGACGAGCAAGACUGUGGGAAGGAAUAAUUGCUGUCCAAUGUGUUGUUUCUAACAUCAACAACGCCUCCGGCGGUGCGUGUCCUUUCCCUCCAGACACUACUCACCUAUAGUUGCGUGGCCAGUUACACUGGAAUGACGACCGUGUUUAGAUUUGGUCAGCUUGCGAAAAAAAAGCUCGACAACAGUGAGACCCCUGAAAUACGUACAUGUACACCCCCGAAAGCCCAUCUGGACGAGGGAGGGGCGGCCGGGUUGUCCUUGUGAUCCUGUCGGCCAGCUAGUUGGAGGCCCAGAAGUCCAGGGAAUCCCACAGUUAUUUAGGUAGGCUUGACAAGGCUAGGCGUUGGGGAAAGCGCGGUGUCUUGCGGUGCGUGUUGGUCACGCGUGUGCCAGGAAAGGGGGGAAUUUAUAGGUGUGUUUUGUGUUUUGUGUUGUUGAUGGAAAGAUCCAGCGACAGGGCCACCACGCUGAGUGAGCCAGGUUUAUCUCGUAGCGUAGAGACUAUUAUUGCCAAAGUAUUUCUCGGUUAACACCCAACGACACCCCCCCUUCACGUUUCGAAAUUUUAUUUCGGCGUCACCCCUUAAAUACCCAGCCCCUUGUCGGCUUCGUUGAUUUUUGCAAGCACCGCAGGAAGGGUGGAUAGGGGGGAACCCUUAUUCUGUAUCAUUUGACAGGGGAUUGGAGCAACAGCAGCUCCUACCCGGCAGAAAUGCUGUGAGCUCUGAUUUCAAGUGACAAAACAAUGAGAAAAAGCUCCGAAGGCCGGUCGGCCGGGCAACCUCGUACAGUCUGACUCUCCA